CUUCCUCUCAAGAUGCACGAGGCAGCAUCGGGGAUGCAGUGGAAUCUGCCCAACUUCAUGUGCUCCAUCACCUCCUUUACCUUUUUCUCCACAAUAUACACCAGCUCCUUGCUGCUGAUGGCCGUCGCCGUGGUCCGCUACGUAGGAGUGGCCUUUCCUAUUACCUAUAAGCUAUUGCAAAAACCUGUGUAUCCGAUCGUCAUCAGUGCUGUUAUUUGGUUGAUCUCAAUGGGACACUGCAGCAUCACUUUCAUCAUCCAGCACCAUCCAUCUCUCUCCAGCAAAAACUCUUCUAUCUGCUAUGAGAAUUUUACACAGAAGCAGCUGGAGGUUCUCCUCCCAGUGCGUUUGGAGUUUUUCUUCGUGGUCUGCCUUAUACCUCUUAUAAUUUCCAUUUUCUGCUACGUGCGCUUAAUUUUGAUUCUGUACAGCCGUCCCAGGAUAUCCUGGAUGCAAAAGAGGAAGGCUAUCGGCAUGGCCUUGGGGACUCUUGCUGUGUUCCUCAUUUGUGUUCUGCCAUACAAUUUCUCUCAUUUAUUGGGUUUCUUCCAGGGAAAGAGCCCUGAAUGGAGGUACUACACUUUGCUGCUCUGCACAUUAAACACCUGCAUCGAUCCCAUCAUAUUUUAUUUUUCCUCCUCAAUCUUCCACUGCACCAGCAAAAAAUCUAUUUUCAGAAAGCGUCGUGCUAUUGAUGUAAAUAUGGAAGCAGGGGGCACAUGUUCAAGCUGA